AUGGGACCAGCAACCUACUUGCAUGUCAGCAGAUCUCCGGCUUCCCUUCUGGUGGAUGAGUCAGCAGCUCUCACAGGUUUCCAGACUGGAUUUUUCCAACUACCACAUGGAGACUUUUUCAUUGAACCCGUGAAGAAGCACCCACUGGUUGAGGGAGGGUACCACCCGCACAUCGUUUACAGGAGGCAGAAAGUUCCAGAAACCAAGGAGCCAACCUGUGGAUUAAACGAUAGCGUUAACAUCUCCCAGAAGCAAGAGCUAUGGCGGGAGAAGUGGGAGAGGCACAACUUGCCAAGCAGAAGGCUCUCUCGGCGUUCCAUCAGCAAGGAGAGAUGGGUGGAGACACUGGUGGUGGCCGACACAAAGAUGAUUGAAUACCAUGGGAGUGAGAAUGUGGAGUCCUACAUCCUCACCAUCAUGAACAUGGUCACCGGGGUGUUCCAUAACCCAAGCAUUGGCAAUGCAAUUCACAUUGUUGUGGUUCGGCUCAUUCUACUUGAAGAAGAAGAGCAAGGACUGAAAAUAGUUCAUCAUGCGGAGAAGACACUGUCUAGCUUCUGCAAGUGGCAGAAGAGUAUCAAUCCCAAGAGUGACCUCAAUCCUGUUCAUCACGAUGUGGCUGUCCUUCUCACCAGAAAGGACAUCUGUGCUGGUUUCAAUCGCCCCUGCGAGACCCUGGGCCUGUCUCACCUUUCAGGAAUGUGUCAGCCUCACCGCAGUUGUAACAUCAAUGAAGAUUCGGGACUGCCCCUGGCUUUCACAAUUGCCCAUGAGCUAGGACACAGCUUUGGCAUCCAGCAUGAUGGGAAAGAAAAUGACUGUGAACCCGUGGGCAGACACCCGUACAUCAUGUCCCGCCAGCUCCAGUACGAUCCCACCCCACUGACAUGGUCCAAGUGCAGCGAGGAGUACAUCACCCGCUUCUUGGACCGAGGCUGGGGGUUCUGUCUUGAUGACAUACCUAAAAAGAAGGGCUUGAAGUCCAAGGUCAUUGCCCCCGGAGUGAUCUAUGAUGUUCACCACCAGUGCCAGCUACAGUAUGGACCCAAUGCUACCUUCUGUCAGGAAGUAGAAAACGUCUGCCAGACACUGUGGUGCUCCGUGAAGGGCUUUUGUCGUUCUAAGCUGGAUGCUGCUGCAGAUGGAACUCAAUGUGGUGAGAAGAAGUGGUGUAUGGCAGGCAAGUGCAUCACCGUGGGGAAGAAACCAGAGAGCAUCCCUGGAGGCUGGGGCCGCUGGUCACCCUGGUCCCACUGUUCCAGGACCUGUGGGGCUGGAGUCCAGAGUGCAGAGAGGCUCUGCAACAACCCUGAGCCGAAGUUUGGAGGAAAAUAUUGCACUGGAGAAAGAAAACGCUAUCGCUUGUGCAACGUCCACCCCUGUCGCUCAGAGGCACCAACAUUUCGGCAGAUGCAGUGCAGUGAAUUUGACACUGUUCCCUACAAGAAUGAACUCUACCACUGGUUUCCCAUUUUUAACCCAGCACAUCCUUGUGAGCUCUACUGCCGACCCAUAGAUGGCCAGUUUUCUGAGAAAAUGCUGGAUGCUGUCAUUGAUGGUACCCCUUGCUUUGAAGGCGGCAACAGCAGAAAUGUCUGUAUUAAUGGCAUAUGUAAGAUGGUUGGCUGUGACUAUGAGAUCGAUUCCAAUGCCACAGAGGAUCGCUGCGGUGUGUGCCUGGGAGAUGGCUCUUCCUGCCAGACCGUGAGAAAGAUGUUUAAGCAGAAGGAAGGAUCUGGUUAUGUUGACAUUGGGCUCAUUCCGAAAGGAGCAAGGGACAUAAGAGUAAUGGAAAUUGAGGGAGCUGGAAAUUUCCUGGCCAUCAGGAGUGAAGACCCUGAAAAAUAUUACCUGAAUGGAGGGUUUAUUAUCCAGUGGAACGGGAACUAUAAGCUGGCAGGGACCGUCUUUCAGUAUGACAGGAAAGGAGAUCUGGAAAAGCUGAUGGCCACAGGUCCCACCAAUGAGUCUGUAUGGAUCCAGCUUCUAUUCCAGGUGACUAACCCUGGCAUCAAGUAUGAGUACACAAUCCAGAAAGAUGGCCUCGACAAUGAUGUUGAGCAGCAGAUGUACUUCUGGCAGUACGGCCGCUGGACAGAGUGCAGUGUGACCUGCGGGACAGGUAUCCGCCGCCAGACUGCCCAUUGCAUAAAGAAGGGCCGUGGGAUGGUGAAAGCUACAUUCUGUGACCCGGAAACACAGCCCAAUGGGAGACAGAAGAAGUGCCAUGAAAAGGCUUGUCCACCCAGGUGGUGGGCAGGGGAGUGGGAAGCAUGCUCCGCGACAUGCGGGCCCCACGGGGAGAAGAAGCGAACCGUGCUGUGCAUCCAGACCAUGGGCUCUGACGAGCAGGCUCUCCCGCCCACAGACUGCCAGCACCUGCUGAAGCCCAAGACCCUCCUUUCCUGUAACAGAGACAUCCUGUGCCCCUCGGACUGGACAGUGGGCAACUGGAGUGAGUGUUCUGUUUCCUGUGGUGGUGGAGUGCGGAUUCGCAGUGUCACAUGUGCCAAGAACCAUGAUGAACCUUGCGAUGUGACAAGGAAACCCAACAGCCGGGCUCUGUGUGGCCUCCAGCAAUGCCCGUCUAGCCGGAGAGGUCUGAAACCCAACAAAGGCACUAUUUCCAAUGGAAAAAACCCACCAACACCUGAGCAGGACCCCAUAAAGCCCGUCCCUCUACCUACAUCCAGGCCCAGAAUGCUGACCACACCCAUAGGGCCUGAGUCUAUGAGCACAAGCCCUGCAGCAAUCAGCAGCCCUCGUCCUACCACAGCCUCCAAAGAAGGAGACAUGGGUGGGAAACAGUGGCAAGGUAGCUCAACCCAACCUGAGCUGAGCUCUCGCUAUCUCAUUUCCACUGGAAGCACUUCUCAGCCCAUCCUCACUUCCCAAUCCGUGAGCAUUCAGCCAAGUGAGGAAAAUGUUUCCAGUUCAGAUGCUGGUCCUACCUGGGAGGGAGGCCUUAUAGCUACAACAAGUGGUUCUGACUUGUCAUCUUCCCGCAACCCUAUGACUUGGCCUGUGACUCCAUUUUACAAUACCUUGACCAAAGGUCCAGAAAUGGAGAUUCACAGUGGCUCAGGGGAAGACAGGGAACAGCCUGAGGGCAAAGAUGAAAGCAACCCUGUAAUAUGGACCAAGAUCAGAGUACCUGGAAAUGACGCUCCAGUGGAAAGUACAGAAAUGCCACUUGCACCUCCACUGACACCGGAUCUCAGUGGGGAGUCCCCGUGGCCAACCUUCAGCACAGUGAUAGAAGGACUGCUCCCCAGCCAAAGGCCCAGUACUCCCAAAACUGGCACACCCAGAGUUGAGGGGAUGGUUACUGAAAAGCCAGCUGACACUCUCCUCCCUCUGGGAGGAGACCACCAGCCAGAACCCUCAGGAAAGACAGCAAACCAUAGCCAUCUGAAACUUCCAAACGACAUGAAUCAAACAGAAAGUACUGAACCAGUCCUGACUGAGGAGGAUGCAACAAGUCUGAUUGCCGAGGGCUUUUUGCUGAAUGCCUCCAAUUACAAGCAGCUCACAAACGACCACGGCUCUGCACACUGGAUCGUCGGAAACUGGAGCGAGUGCUCCACCACAUGUGGUCUGGGGGCCUACUGGAGAAGGGUGGAGUGCAGCACCCAGAUGGAUUCCGACUGCGCGGCCAUCCAGAGACCUGACCCCGCAAAGCGAUGCCACCUCCGUCCCUGUGCUGGCUGGAAAGUGGGAAACUGGAGCAAGUGCUCCAGAAACUGCAGUGGGGGCUUCAAGAUACGCGAGAUUCAGUGCGUGGACAGCCGGGACCACCGGAACCUGAGGCCAUUUCACUGCCAGUUCCUGGCCGGCAUUCCUCCCCCAUUGAGCAUGAGCUGUAACCCCGAGCCCUGUGGGGUGUGGCAGGUGGAGCCUUGGAGCCAGUGCUCCAGGUCCUGUGGAGGCGGAGUUCAGGAGAGAGAAGUGUUCUGUCCAGGAGGCCUCUGUGACUGGACAAAAAGACCCACAUCCACCAUGUCUUGCAAUGAGCACCUCUGCUGUCACUGGGCCACUGGGAACUGGGACCUGUGUUCCACUUCCUGUGGAGGUGGCUUUCAGAAGAGGACUGUCCAUUGUGUGCCCUCAGAGAACAAUAAAACUGAAGACCAAGACCAAUGCCUGUGUGAUCACGAACCCAGACCUCCAGAAUUCAAAAAAUGCAACCAGCAGGCCUGCAAGAAAAGUGCUGAUUUACUUUGCACCAAGGACAAGCUGUCAGCCAGUUUCUGCCAGACACUGAAAGCCAUGAAGAAAUGUUCUGUGCCCACCGUGAGGGCUCAGUGCUGCUUCUCGUGUCCCCAGACACACAUCACCCACAGCCAAAGGCAAAGAAGGCAACGGUUGCCCCAAAAACCCAAAGCACUCUAA